AUGUUCAAUGCACGUUUUCCAAUGCCGUCUCCGGAAUUGAAGAUCUGAUAACGGCAACGUUGAAAAGACCCGUUGGUUUUAAGGGCAAGCCCCUGUUUGCUGAUGAUAGAAGUGGACUCAAGGAAGUGAAACCGCAUUGCCUAAUCUCGAGGGCCACCAACGAUGUGGAUGAGCGCACAUAUAAUCUUCGAAUAACCGAUUUUACACGUUGUGGUGUACUCAAAAGAAAUGGAAUUGUUCAUGUGCGCAUUUGGUUUCCCCAAUUCCCUGGCGUGGUAAUGCAAUCGGAUCAGGAGCUAAUCAUAAUGUGCAAGCCACCAGAGCCAACAAUAAUUGAGAACAAGGCAGCUGGAUUCGCGGGCUCAUUUCCGCAUGGAGCACGUGUGUCGGGUGUCGUUGAGGAGAUGCCGAAUCGAUUGGAAUACGAGGUGGCAUUGUAUAAGGAGGCGCCGCCAAUAGCCCGUGUCAGCGGUACCACCAAUCCCGUUAGCUCAUCGAACGACCCCCGUCUGGCGGACAACGAGCAGACAGUGGACCAGGCGGUGCCACUGGGAACCAAGCUGCAAUUGCGCGCACGCAUCAGUCAGUCGGUGUGGAAGUAUGUCAAGCUAAUGGAGGUUACGGUCUCCCCAGAUCCAGAAAAUCCAAGUGCGCCUGGCUCUGUGUUCUUGGUGCACAAUGGCUGCCGGAAUCGAGAGCUGGCCACAAUUAUACCGCACCAGCCGGCCAAAUAUCGGGAUAGACCCAACGAGGUGUUCCUCGACUUUGAGGCCUUUCUGCUCAGCUCGAUGAAGGAGAAGGCCACACUGUGGAUACAUUCGCAGAUUAAGGCCUGCAUCAAUUUGGCCGAUUGUACACCCGAUUUCUGUGUGGAUUUGUAUGAGCCAUCCGGGCAUGGUCGGAGGCGGCGACAAAUCGAAUCAGCAUCAUCAUCAUCAUCAUCGUCAUCGUCAUCGACAGCGUCAAUUGCGAAAUUGCAGCAACGACCUUAUGGUGGGAACAACACUUUUUCUGCACCAUCUGUGUCGGAGUUCAAACGUUUCAAAGAGAACAUCGAGUACACCGUUAUAAUGCCGGGACAGUCGGACAAAAAGGUUGGCUUCCUAAUCGAUUUGACGCAGCAGUGCCGUGGUGCCCUCCUCAUUAGCUCGUUUUUUGUCUUCACAAUUACUUUUUGCUGCGCAAUCAGCUGCAUGAUAGCAUUACGUGUGCAUGCAGAUAAAAAGUUUAGAUCACAGCAGUUCACCUCCGGGUUCAACACUGGCUAUGCUGGUCGAGCGAUGGUUCAAUAAAUCAAACGACGAACAUCAUCAUCGGAUUCUGAAAUCGCUGAGCAUUUAUGUAGAAUAACAUGCAUUUAUUGUGUACCUUUUAUAUACAUAUAUAUUUACGUAGAUAGUGCGUUAGAUGUUUCAACAAAUAUA